GUUGAACAAGGACAGCAAUGGAAACUGACGUAUUGAUUAAGAAACUACAAGAGUUACGGAAGUCUGUUACAGGUGUGAUUAGCCAGCUUGUUUCUGGGGAUAACCUGAUUAGCAAUACUGACACACAGCAGGUGUUUGAAUACUUGGAACAGGCAGGGCUCUGUUUAAAAGAUGUAGGAAAACUUCUCAAGGGAGAGGAUGUCAGCAAAACAGGGGGUAUUAAGGAAACAGUAAAAGCGGGUUGUUGUUCAUGUGGUAAGGGCAGUGGCCAAGUUACGGACCUCGGAGAAUCUUUGUCAAAAAAUGUGAAAAAUAACUCUGAUCCAAUCUCUUUGGAAAUUGAUAGUGAUGAAGAAUGUAAUUUAAAGAAAAGGGGACUAGAUUCGAGGGACAAUGAAAUAAGACGUGAAUCUAAAACUGACUUCGAUUCGGAUGGUACUGAAGACAUGGAGGAAGGAGAACCAUCAGAAGAACAAGUAUCCCACAAUUCAAAUCAAUCCCAUAAUUUUGCUGUCAAUGAAGGGCAAGAGGAAACAGCUGACGGUUUUGGAUCUGAUGAAGAUUUCUUCGAUGAUAGCAUGCUACAGGAGAUAGAGGAGGCAGAACAGAGUUUUAACAGCAACAAAAAUGUGGUAGAAGAUGACGGGGACAAUGAUCCUCAGAAUCAGCCAGAUGACUCUAAAUACCUGGAAGUCCUGAAGCAAUACUUUGGAUAUUCCAAAUUCAGGCCGAUGCAGUGGAAAAUUAUUAACUCUGUCCUGAACGACAAAAGAGACAGCUGUGUUGUCAUGGCUACAGGCUAUGGUAAGAGUUUGUGCUAUCAGUACCCCUCAGUAUUUACCCAGAGGUCUACAGUGGUUAUAUCUCCUCUUAUUUCACUGAUGCAAGAUCAAGUGAUGGGGCUCAAGGCAGCUAAUAUAGAAGCUUGCUUCUUAGGAUCAGCUCAGGAGAAUUCUGGUCAAGUCCUUCAUGAUUUGAGGAGGGGUAAAUAUCGCAUUGUGUACAUCACCCCAGAGUACGCCUCAGGCACUGGAGUGAGCUGUCUCACAGAUCUAGAUCGGGAAGUCGGGAUUGACCUGAUAGCAAUAGAUGAGGCCCAUUGUGUGUCACAGUGGGGUCACGACUUCAGGUCAGCCUACAGGUCAUUAGGUCAACUCAAACAAACAUUCCCAAAGGUUCCUAUUCUGGCAUUAACAGCCACAGCAACACAGGAGGUGCGGCUAGACAUUUGUAGAAGUCUGAAAUUAAAGAAUCCCAGUAUUGUGUGUACAGGGUUUGACAGGCCAAAUCUGUUCCUGUCUGUGGGUUUGAAGUCUGACAUUUUCUUUGACCUGCGGUCUCAGAUGACAAAAUGUGGCACCCAGUAUAGGUUUGAGGGGCCUACCAUUAUCUAUUGUCCAACCAAAAAGGCCACAGAUGAAGUUGCAGCUAUUGUGAAAGGUAUGAAUAUACCCAGUGCCCGCUACCAUGCAAGCCUUACACAGACAGAGAGAAAUAAGGCACACAGACAGUUUGUGAAUGACCAAAUCCAGGUUGUUAUUGCAACAGUGGCAUUUGGGAUGGGCAUCGAUAAACCUGAUGUCAGAAAGGUCAUUCACUAUGGUGCUCCUAAGGAUAUAGAGUCGUACUACCAGGAGGUGGGGCGUGGGGGGAGAGACGGACUGCCCAGUGAGUGCCAUGUGUUCUACGCAGAGAAAGAUUUCAAUACAUCCAGGCACUUUAUAAAAGAACUGCAUAACGAGGCAUUCAGAGAACACAAGAUGAAGAUGUUGGGGAAAAUGCAGCAAUACUUGAAGGCUUCCACAUGUAGAAGGAGGUUACUACUUUCACAUUUUGAAAACAGGAAAUUAGAUGACAUCGGAGGAACAACUAACUGUUGUGAUAAUUGUCGCAGGAACAUUGAGAGAAGCCAACAGCAAAGUUACUAUGAUGCCAAGAAUUGGUCUACUGUGCUGCCCCCUGGUGGUGACCUUGAUACAGGGGAGCAAGAUUUCAGUAAAGAAGCACGAGAGUUCUUUGAUGCUAUUCUGACAUUAGGCAGUCGAUUUGGAUUCCAGACAGUUGUCUUGUUUAUUGUGGGGUCUCACUCCCAGAAAACAAGCAAAUUUUCUCAUCUUCCUGGAUUUGGGAAGGGAAAGUACAGAAAAGUUAACUGGUGGAAAAGUUUUGGAAAGGCUUUGAUGUUCGAGGGUUACUUAAAGGAAGUAGCCAUAAGUAACAGCUUUGGUUCCACAGUGGAGCUCUCAAAGAAAGGGUCAGCCUGGAUGAAGGGGUCACGACCCCUGAAGAUGACCCCAACCACAGAUAUGUUGUCAGAGAUGAAACCUACAGUAUCUGUCUCAGUCAGACCUGCUCCGUUGGUGAGGAAUGUUAGUGAACCAACCAAGAUGUCAGGAGCUUCCAGCUGGACUAGUAAACCAGAAGAAACUCCAAAAAUUCUCGCACCAAAGAAACCAGAGGUGGAUGAAAACACCCUCAGAAUUCAGGCUGAUUUGUAUUCCAAGCUUGUAAAGGAGAGGAACGACUUGGCACAGGACACAGGAUACACACCGCAUUCUAUAGCCAGUAAUAAGGUUCUUCUGGACAUGGCCAAAAUCAGACCCAGCAGCAAGGAAUCGUUAUUGAGGUUAGAAGAUUUCCCUCAGGCCAAGGUUGAGAAGUUUGGACCAAAGUUCAUCAAAAUCCUCAAAGAGUAUUGUCAGGAAAAGGACAUCAAAAUGGAUGACUUCCCAGAAAUUAAACUGGCCAAGAGUAAUGAAGACAUGCAGAGGGAGCUAAGUCGACUGACAGAAACUCAGCGGACAUCUUUCAUUAUGUUUGGUCUUGAAAACAAAUCUCUGGAAGAAGUUGCAUCAUUAAGAGGAAUAAAAACUACUACAGUAGUCAGCCAUUUGUGUGAAGCAAUCAAAGUCGGCCUAGAGGUGGAUCCAGUUAAAUUAGGGGUGACACCGCAGAUUGAGAAAGUCGUCACAAAAGUUAUCAAAGGCCCAGAAAUACAUUCAGUGAUCAGUAAGCUGACCCCAAUUAAAGACAGACUACCUGACUACAUCGAGUACAAUCACAUCAAAGUUGUCAUCGCUCUCCUUGUACAGAGAAAUGGACAGGUGAUGACAGAAGGUGGGGAACUGAUGCUGGAGGACCACUCAUCUCAGGAUCAAGACGAUGUUGUUAUUAUAAGUGACAAUGAAAGUGGAUCUCAAUCCACACAGAAAGGAUCUCGAUCUUCACAAAAAGGACCUCAAUCAACACAAAGCAAUUCCCAUCAGAGCUCGUCAGAAUCAAGCGGACAAAAAAGAAAGUUACCUUCUUGGAUGGGUGGCAGUUCUAAACCAGUAAUGAGCAAGAAAAUGAAGUCAAACAGUCUCUUCAGAUAGUGAAGGGGCACAUUUGUAUUGUAUUUAUUCUGGAAGUGGUGCAUGAAAAAGAGAUGUGGCAAAAUUUUGAUAGUGCUUUACAGGUCAAUCAAAGGAAAAAUUCACAAAAGAUUCUCUGUGGUGUUUAACCUGAUUUAGAGCAGUAUGACUGCAUCUACAUUGCUUCGAAUAAAUGUCUUAUGUACAAAUAGAUAUACAUGAAGUGUCAUGUGAAGAAUUUGAGACUUUGGGUAGACUUUUCUUUACCAGUCCCCAGAUCCGCAAGAUCCGUGCGCUCAUUGCACUAUGACGUAAGAUUUACGUCACUCAACUGAUAAGGGUUAGUCUUGCACAUUUUUUGACUGGUUAUGGUUAGUCUUGCACCCACUUGAGAGAUUAGAGUUAGUCCUUGCACAAAGUUUCAACUGAUUAGGGUUAGUCUCACAUCCAUCCGAGAGAGUAGGGUUAGUCCUCGCACAUUGGUUAGUCUAACAUCCGCCCGGGAGAUUUGGGUUAGUUCUCGCAUACCAUCCGAGGGAUUAAGGUUAGUGUCUUGUUUUCUUUUUAGAUAAAUUAAGAAAUUCAGUGGCAUUUGUAUUUUUUGCAAGAUCUUAAUUCAGCUUUAACGACAUCUCUUUGGUUUGUUUACAUGAAAAAAUGGCUAAGUACGAAAGAAACGGCACAAAGCAUGUGCUGCACGCACUUUGUUGACAAUAAUUUUUCUUCUCCUUUUCACUGAAUAAACAAUAUUCAUCACUUUUUAUCAGAAAACGAGGUUAAAAAAUUCAUUUCAAAACGAAGUUUUAAACUAAACUUUUAACCAUAGAAUUCGAUUUUGGGGUCAAAAAGGCUAAAAACCUCGU